AUGGAUUAUCUCAUUACACGCCGCGAACGUCACUUGGCAGGAGGUAUGUCCAUCGACGACCUCUUGAGCGCUCACCGUGACCCUUGCGAGGGAGGAAGCAUAGCCUUAUACUCGCGCAACGACUGGCUAGAGCACUUCUUGGCGCUCAUUUUCAGAGUAGAUGAGGAGACACCGACAACGUUCCAUUCUUUGCCGGCGAUGACGAUGCUGAAGACCAUUUGCAGUGACAUCGUCUGGUACGGGAUGCUGAUCGCGAUGCGGGGAGAAGACCCGUCGGCCGUCGCGCAAGCUGCCGAGAAAUUGCCGCGCCUCUUGCGCCCGAGAAACGAGUCUUUCCACCGUGUCAUCUACCAUUGGAUGGUCAUGAGCACGCAGGAGGCUGUCAGGAGGUUAUGGAGGGUAGGCAAGAAAUACGGCUCGCGCGGAAUCCCGGCUGUUUCUGCGACGCCCCUCGAGCAGUCCGCGCGGCUGGCGGCACUGGCGAUGGCAGCGCACCUUGCCAGCACGCGCGUCAUUCCACCGGAGGAUUUGAUUGAGAUGUUGAAAGAGGCGUCGGCGAGCUGCGAAUGGGCUUCAUUGGCGGGAGCGACACAAUAUGCCAUCGCGCAUUCAGGAUCGGCGUUGCACACAGAGCCUCAUGCAACGCAUGCGCAGGCGCUCUUGGAGAUCUGUACGCACUUCAUGUAG